CAAACUAAAGUGGAAUCGAUCAAGUCAGGUGCAAUUCGAUCGAGACGCAUUCAAGAACAUUUGAUUUUUAGAGAGAUCGUCGUUGAUCGUCGUCGGUGUCUCUUCUCUCCAUGAAGUGAUUUAGUCCGCAUUUUCUAAAGAAAAAUUUUGUUUAAAAAAUUCUACAAAUCUUCAAAGAACUUGUUCAAAUUUCAGCAAUUUCUCAUUUCCGAAGAAAAGAGAAAAAAAAGAAAUUACCAGAAGAAAAAAAAAAGUGAAGAGAAAUUUACCUCCUCAUUUUGUACGUACACGAUCGACAGCCAGCCAAACAGAAAUACAUAACGCUAACGGAGGACGGACGCGGCAACACACCAAGCCAAAAAGCCACUAUUAUCGCGACGCGGUGCGGUAGCAGAAGCAGCGUGUGUAGCAAAAUACACAGAUACACCAAGAAGCAAUAGCAGCAAAAAUUUGAAAAUUGUUAGUAGUUCUAGUGGGUCUGUGAAAGUGUAUAGGCGUCGUCGAUCUCGUCAUCUGUCCGAAAAAUACCGAAAAAGCGAAAAGUCUCUCUAUACAACAAACGAUCGUCGCUUUUCUCUGUCCCCGUAAUAGUUGUUGUUGUUGUCACUAACUACAGUUAGUUUAAUUAAAACUUUUUUUUUAAUUACACCACACCGUUAGACGACGAUCAUGUCAAAUCAGUGCAGAAGUUGCGGUCGUGACCUUAACAACAAUUAUAUCCCAUAUGCAAAUGCAUACGCAACAGCGAGCAAUUCGAGCGGUGAUCGCGAGUCGUCAAUAUCAUCGGCAGCUACGUCAUACAAUACCAGGUCAGCUGCGUCCAGUAUAGGUCCAAUGGGGAAAUUGUCACAAAUGGCCAAUGCCGCGUCACAGUCAGCGUCGGCGAUGUCAUCGACUUCUGUUGUAACCCAAACUCAGCUGACUGCAAAGGUGAUGUUUGGCACAGUGGGGGCCAUAAAGGAGCUCCGAGAAAAAGAGAAAUCUCGUCAGACUACGGCACGUGCCAGCGAUCGUAGAAAUUGAUAUAAAAUAAUUAAUUAGCAGCUGGUACGCUCAUAGGAUUUAGAUUUAUUAUUAUUAUUAUUAUUCACUCAUCAUGGAGACACACAUUGAGGACUAUAAUAUUAUAGUUUGUUUUUUUUUUUUUUUACUUGGGAUACUUUAUUUCUGGUCUUGACUGUUGGCUCAAGACCUAGCUAAAUGGGAAUGGCAAUACACAUAAAAAAUAAAUCGUAGGCCUUUCUCCGCAUAGAGAGAGACUAUGUUAUUUGUUUUUUGUUAAUUUUUUUU